AGACAGACCUUGUGAUAUAUCACCCAUCUUCAUCUUCCUCUCUGAGUCGGUUUAGCCCUGAAUUUCUUAGGGUUUAAAUGCACCUCCCUGUCCUCUUUUCUGGGCUUCAGAGUUGAACCUCUCAGUGUCCUCCUCUUCCCUGUUGCCCCUGAUUUCUUAUGGCUUCCAUGGAUAUCGAUUCCCCUUCUGAAUCUACUCCUCGUGAUCGAAUCCUUCAGAGGCUUGCUCUACUGGGAGUGCCUCAGAAUCUGCUGAAUCUGCAGCAGCAUGGUUUAGUUUAUUUUGUUAAGAAUAAUAAGCAAUUGUUGCCCCAAGUGGUUUCGGCUAUCUUGCCUCCUGAUGAGGAGGUGGCUGAAAUGCUCCGCGAGCCUAGACCUGGGUCGAAGAAGCAAUCCGCCGGUAUAACUAUGAAAGUUCAGUUCCGGGAGAGCAUGUUGUGGCUCAAGUGGUUGAUGUUUGAGGGUGAACCUAGCCUGGCUAUGAAGAGCCUGUCGAAGAUGAGUGUUGGGCAGCGCGGUAUUUGUGGAGCUGUUUGGGGACAUAAUGAUAUAGCGUUUAGGUGCAAGACAUGUGAACAUGAUCCCACCUGUGCAAUUUGUGUUCCGUGUUUUAAGAAUGGGAACCACAAGGAUCAUGAUUACUCGAUUAUAUAUACCGGUGGUGGCUGUUGUGAUUGUGGUGAUGUUACAGCGUGGAAACGCCAAGGCUUUUGCUCAAAGCAUAAGGGUGCAGAACAGAUACAACCCCUUCCGGAGGAGUUUGCAAUUAUGGUGGGGCCUGUUCUUAACGGCCUCUUUGCCUCUUGGAAGUGCAAGCUACUUCUUUCUGAAAAUGCUGGCAAGGAAAACCCUAGUGGAUCUGACCUUAUUGCAGGGUGCAAGAAGGUUGCAAAUGAGCUGACCUAUUUUGUGGUUGAGAUGCUUCUGGACUUUUGCAAGUGCAGUGAGAGUUUGCUAAGCUUUGUAUCCAGAAUAAUUUUAUCUUCAGCUGACUUUUUGGGGAUUUUGGUUCGGGCAGAGAGGUUUGUGAGUGAUUCUGCUGUGAAGAAGCUCCAUGAGUUGCUCCUGAAAUUGAUGGGGGAGCCUGUUUUCAAAUAUGAGUUUGCUAAAGUGUUUCUUAAUUAUUACCCAACUGUUGUCAGUGAAGCCAUAAAGGAGUACAAUGACCUUACUUUGAAAAAGUAUCCGCUGCUCUCUGUAUUCUCUGUGCAAAUUCUGACUGUGCCAACUUUAACACCCCGUCUUGUGAAAGAAAUGAACCUACUGUCGAUGCUGUUAGGAUGUUUGGAAGAUAUUUUCAAUUUCUGUGUUGGUGAAGAUGGCCGUUUACAGGUUACCAAGUGGUCAAAUUUGUACAAUGUCACCAUUCGUGUGAUUGAAGAUUUUCGGUUUGUUAUGAGUCAUGCUGUAGUGCCAAAAUAUGUAACUCACAAGCAGCAAGAAAUUUCGAGAACUUGGAUGAGACUCUCAGCUUUUGUGCAAGGGAUGAACCCACAAAAGAGGGAACCAGGCCUCCAUAUCGAAGAAGAGAAUGACCAUAUGCAUCUGCCUUUCGUUCUGGGUCAUUCAAUUGCCAAUCUUCAUUCUUUGUUGGUAGAUGGAGCAUUUUCUGUUGCAAGUGACCAGACAGAAGAAGGUUUAUUUCUCGACACAAGUAAGCAAGAUAUAGAUGACAAGGAUUCCCUAAGACAUGCUAAAAUUGGACGGCUGUCACAGGAAAGUUCUGCUUGUGCUGCAGUGGGGAGUAGUUCAUCUGCAUUGUCAUUGACGUUUCCUGAAGAUAAACUAAAUGCUCUUGCAUAUGCUUCGGUACCAUCAUCUGUGUUGUGGUUAACAUGUGAGUGUUUGAGGGCUAUUGAGAAUUGGCUGGGAGCUGAUAACACCUCCAGUGCAAUUCAUGAUGAUUCAUCUUCAAAUACAAGCAAUUUCUCUGGGAGCAAUUUUUCUGUAUUUAAGAGAACAUUAUCCAAAAUUAGGAAAGGCAAAAUCAUUUUUGGUAGAUUUACCAGUUCAAGUGAAGACCAUGGAAAGCAGAGUCCAUCACAUUUACAUGGUAGUUCUGAUAUGAGUGCUGACAUCCAGAAUGGUAAAAUUUCAUGGCAGGGAAACAAAGUAUUGGUUGUGGACGAAACUGAUUUAGCUAAUCCCUGUAAUUUGUCAGGAUCUGGUGAUAGUGCAAUGGAAAUAGAUGGUCCCAUGGAAUUAGAUGCUGUACGCUUACUGAGUUCAUCUGACUGGCCAGAGAUAACAUAUGAUGUUAGUUUGCAGGACAUAUCUGUUCACAUUCCCUUACAUCGUUUACUAGCAUUGCUUAUGCAGAGAUCAUUAAGAAGGUGUUUUGGCGAAGAGCCAGAUUCUGUUAUAGCUACUGCUGCAAUGAAAUCAUCAGCUAUUUCAACCGACUUCUUUGGAAAUAUUCUAGGAGGCUGCCACCCAUGUGGGUUUUCUGCCUCUGUUAUGGAGCAUCCCCUUCGCAUAAGAGUAUUUUGUGCUCAGGUUCAUGCUGGAAUGUGGCGGAAAAAUGGGGAUGCUGCCCCAUUAACUUGCGAGUGGUAUCGUUCAGAUCGCUGGUCGGAACAGUUUGUGGAGCUUGAUCUAUUUCUGCUUCAGUGUUGUGCUGCCUUGGCUCCAGCUGAUCUUUAUAUCAAGAGAAUUGUAGAACGCUUUGGCCUGUCUAGCUACCUUUCUCUGAAACUUGAGCGCUCUAGUGAAUAUGAACCAGUUCUAGUGCAGGAAAUGCUCACUCUUAUUAUUCAAAUAAUCAAAGAGAGGCGAUUCUGUGGGUUAACCAAAGCUGAAAGUGUGAAAAGAGAAUUGAUUCAUAAAUUAAGCAUUGCAGAUGCUACUCACAGUCAGUUGGUUAAGUCUCUUCCUCGUGAUCUGACCAAGUUUGACCAGCUUAAUGAAAUUUUGGAUACAGUUGCUGUGUAUUCCAAUCCCUCUGGUUUUAACCAGGGGACUUAUUCACUACAAUGGACAUUUUGGAAGGAACUGGAUUUGUACUACCAUCGUUGGAACUCAAGGGAUUUACAAGCUGCUGAAGAAAGAUACUUGCGUUUUCGUGGCAUAUCUGCCUUGACCAGUCAGCUACCCAGGUGGACCAAGAUUUAUCCCCCUUUCAGAGGUUUAGCUAGAAUAGGUACUUGUAAAACUGUCCUCCAAAUAGUUCGUGCAGUGCUAUUUUAUGCUGUAUUUUCUGAUAAAUCGACUGAUUCGCGAGCACCUGAUGGGGUCCUCUUAACUGCAUUGCACUUGCUCUCAUUAGCCUUGGACGUAUGUUCUCAACAUAAAGAAUCCGACAACGAUUCUUGUUUUGAUGGACAUUUCAUUCCAGUGCUUGCUUUUGCUUGUGAAGAUAUUAAUGGACUCUAUUUUGAGGCUGGUCAACAGAGCUUGUUGUCACUUCUUGUUAUUUUGAUGAGGAUGUAUUCGAGAGAGGGGUUAGAUAAUUCAGAAGAUGGAAGUUUCAACCUUUCUUCUUUAAUUGGAAACCUACUGAAGAAGUUUGCGGUAAUUGAUUGUGGAUGUAUGACCAAAUUGCAAGCACUUGCACCUGAGUUGGUUAGUCAUGUAACUCUUUCAAAUAGUGAUACAGUUGCUACAGGUGCAGCUUCUGAGUCUGAGAAGCGAAAGGCAAAAGCCAGAGAGAGACAGGCCGCCAUAUUGGAAAAAAUGAGAGCUGAGCAAUCAAAGUUUUUAAGUAGCAUUGAUUCCUCUGUGGAUGAUGGUCCAGAAGUUGAACAAAAGGAUGUUGACUCUGAUGUGGAAGAUGAUUUAGAAGAGCCUGCACAAGUUGUUUGCUCGCUCUGCCAUGAUCCGAAUUCCAAGAGUCCUUUAUCCUUCUUGGUUCUUCUUCAAAAAUCUAGGCUUUUGAGUUUCAUUGAUAGAGGUCCUCUAUCAUGGGAACAACCUCGCUCUGCAGACAAAGAGCAUGUUCCUAAAACCAAAGAUGAGGUGAUUGAUCAAUUUGGUAGCCAAUUGUUUAGUGGUUCAGGAAUGGUUUCAUCCUCCCAUGUGAGACAGUUAGAACACCACAACAGAAAGAAGGUGACGGGUCAAUCUGGAACAAAUACACUGUCAAGUGGUUCAGGAGUGGUAUUACCUCGUCAUCUAAGGCAGUUGGUUGAGAAGGCAGUCACUGAGUUUUCCCGACACGGGAGACCUAGGGAUGUUGAUGCUUUUGUAGAGGUUCUGAAGGGCCGGUUCCAUAAUUUAAGGAAUAUCCAAUUGCCAUGUGAAUCAAAUGAUGAAAGGGAGAGUACUUCAUAUUCCUUUGAGACAAUGGAAGAAGAUAUGUAUGUCUCCAUCCGAAGAGAAUUGCAUGAUAAACUGAAGUGUUCAUCUGCCGAAGGGGAUCGAGAGAAUAUAGAGCAUACUGCAUUUAUGUUACUUGGAAACUACAUAGCUGCUCUUUCUAGAGAGAGAACAGAAGAUCCUUCAUCAUCGGAAAGUGCUCCGAAUGAUAAUGGGCCAAUGGAAUGUUCUCGCAUGUCAGCAUAUGAUGGAUUUGGCCCUGCAGACUCUGACGGAAUUUAUCUUUCUUCCUGUGGGCAUGCCGUGCAUCAGGAAUGUCUGGAUCGUUAUUUGUCUUCCCUGAAAGAAAGGUAUCUCAGGAGAAUUGUCUUUGAAGGAGGACAUAUUGUAGAUCCAGAUAAGGGUGAAUUUCUUUGCCCUGUAUGCCGUCGACUUGCAAAUUCUGUAUUGCCUACAUUACCACGUGAGUUGCAGAAGGUUUGUAAGGAGCUGAUGGAUUCAGGUGUUAGUUCAGCACAUUUCACUAGCCCAUCUUGCGAACUGAGAGAAGGAAUUAGUUCCCUCAAGCAAGGCUUGGCUCUCUUGCAAUCUGCAGCAAAUGCAGCUGGUAAGGUUGACACACUCAAAGGUUUCCCCCUGCGUAGAUAUGAACAAAGGAGCCCAAAUCUUGAACCAAUCUCAUGUCUGCUCUCUAAGAUGUAUUUUCCUAAUGAUCUGGAUAAGAUAUUAGGGUCUGACAGGGUCAGCCACCCAAUGCUUUUGUGGGACUUGACCAAGUACUCCCUAUUGUCGAUGGAGAUUGCUUCUCGUUCUGGGGGGAAAUAUGCGGCACCAAGCUACAGCCUUAAUGUCUUGUAUAAGGAACUUGAAUCCUCGAGCAGAUUCAUUUUGUCCUUAUUGCUGAAACUUGUCCAAAACACGUGUAAGAAUUCUCUUCAUGUGCUUCAGAGAUUUAUAGCACUUCAGUGCUUUGCAGAAUCUACGUGCUUUGCGGAAUCCCAUACAUCUGGACAAGGUGUUAUGCUGCGUCUCUUGGAACACGUUGAUAAUCCAAUAGCAUAUCCUGAUAUCCAGUUCUGGAGUCGAGCUUCUGACCCUGUGCUUUCCCGUGAUCCUUUUUCUUCAUUGAUGUGGGUUCUAUUUUGUCUCCCAUACCGAUUUUUAUCAUGUGAAGAUUCCUUGCUAUCUCUGGUGCACGUUUUUUAUGUUGUCUCUGUGGUUCAGGGUAUUACUACAUAUUUGGGGAAAAAUCAAAGCGACAUUAGUGGAUUGGGUGUUAGUGAUUGUCUGAUUACUGACAUCAGCAAGCUUAUGGGAGAAUCUGGAUCUGCUCACCAAUAUUUUGCAUCGAAUUAUAUAGAUUCUUCUUCCAAUAUUAAGAAUAUAGUUCGUAGCUUGAGUUUCCCUUAUUUGCGGAGGUGUGCAUUGCUGUUGAAGCUACUCCAAUCCUAUGCCCAAGUGCCAUUCUGUGAAAGGUAUAACGCGUUGGAUAGAUCACGUGCCUUCAGUGAUGCAAUCGAUACCACUUAUGUGCCACUGGUCGAGCUUAAUGAAGUUCAAGAGAUAGAAACCUUGCUCAAGAUUCCUAAUUUGGAUGUUAUUCUCAAGGAUGAAGUGGUGCGUUCGUUAGCUCAGAAGUGGUACUGUCAUUUUGGCAAAGAGUUUGAGGACAAAAGGUUUCAAGGCACUAUACACUGCAACCCAGCAGUUCCAUUCCAGCUGAUGCGUCUGCCCCGAGUAUACCAGGAUCUAUUGCAGCGGUAUAUAAAGCAGCGGUGUCGUGAUUGCAAUAACAUACUUGAUGAACCUGCAUUGUGCCUACUUUGUGGUAGGUUAUGCUCUCCAAGCUGGAAGUCAUGCUGCAGGGAAAGUGGAUGCCAAGCUCAUGCAGUGGCUUGUGGUUCGGGUACUGGGGUCUUUCUAUUGAUCAGGAGAACAACAAUACUGCUGCAAAGAUCUGCACGGCAGGCUCCCUGGCCAUCACCUUACUUGGAUUCCUUUGGUGAAGAGGACAUUGAAAUGUGCAGAGGAAAGCCACUAUUCUUAAAUGAGGAACGUUAUGCAGCUUUAACUUAUUUGGUUGCUUCUCAUGGCCUUGAUCGUAGUUCGAAGGUGCUUGGGCAAACUACCAUGGGUUCUUUCUUCAUGGUUUAGUUUGGAUUAUAAGAUUGAUGUCAACGGAAAGGCAAGUUAACAGCAGGGAAUAUCCAAUACCCACAAUCAAUCUGAAUCAUUGGGAUUUGUACUGUAUAGAUAUGGGUAGUAGUUUCCUUUGCUGAGUGAAAACUUGAUCCGACAGCAGUCUAGGCUAUUAGCCAAGAUGUUCCAUCUUGUUUCAAGGUUGUACAGUUCAAUAUGAUGCCGGAAUCUGAAGCAUGGAAUCAUGGAUGCAUACUUCAAGCUCUCCUUCACUGGAUUUUGGAGUAACCAUCAAACUGUUGUACAUAUAUAUAUAUAUUAACAAUAUAUACAAAUAUAUUGUAACACUAGGCAUGACCACUGCUUGGAGCCUUGGUGAGUAAAGUAGUGGCACCUGUAAUGCUUUGCUUGUAGGAAUUCUCACGUUGUGAUGUUACAUGGUCUUUAUCGCAUUGUUUUUCCAUUCAAUAGAUUUGAGAAAAGCAACAGAGAAGGGUUCAGAGUUCUGAAUCUGUUUCAAAUU